GCGGUAUCUACCGGUGCGUCGAAGUUGGUGGGGUACAGCACGAUAGGUCACUAGUGACGGCAUUGAUUGAGAGGUGGCGACCGGAGACGCACACAUUUCAUCUCCGCACCGGUGAGGCUACCAUUACCCUUCAGGAUGUGGAGGUCAUUUAUGGGGUACAGGUUGAUGGACGCCCAUUGUAUAUUGAGGAGCCUCCUGUGCUGCCGCCUUACCGGGUUGAGUUGAUUAGGCUCACCGGUUUCGCGGCUCUGGAUGGUCAUAUUUUCGGCCAGAGUCGGCUUUUGUUGUCGACCCUUUACGCUCACUUGCGCCUCACAGACAUGCAGCAUCCGAUUGGAGAGGACACCCCUCAGGCUGAUGUUGACCGACGUGCGCGUCUAUACCUACUCAUCAUAUUCGGGGCCAUCCUAUUCCCGAACACUUCGGGGUUCGCAUAUAAGCUUGAGGUAUCUUCGGUAUAUCGACGAUCUCGCCGAGAUAGGAUGUUAUAGUUGGGGCGCUGCUGUGCUGGGCUACAUGUAUCGAGGAUUCUGUCGAUGUUCUAUGGGCACGAGGGUAGAGGUCCCUGCAUUUUGCUCGCUCCUUCAGAUAUGGGUGUGGACUAGGUUGAGACCUUUUCAGCCCAUACCAGCUGACCCUCCCGCUGACUAUCUUACUGUCCCGAUGCCAUACGCGCGGAGAUGUUCGCGAGGCGUACGCCGACGUAUGGAGACGUACCACAGCCUUCUCCCGUUUAGGGAUCAGCUAGACCGCAUGACGGCGCAGACGGCUUUUAUAUGGAUGCCGUAUGAUCAUAUUUUGGAUGAGUUGCCGGCGUUUUGUAGGGCUGGUCAGCACAUGUGGAUGUCGCGGUGUCCAUUGAUACAUAUGGUUAUCGUUGAGUAUCACGCGCCCGACCGCGUGUUACGGCAGUUUGGGUAUGUACAGAAUAUACCCGCGGCUACGGUUUGGGAGCAUGACCACUAUGCGAGGGACGAGCGUAAGGGCGUCGAUGAUGCAUAGCGACUCUAUAUGCAGCAGCAGGUCCAGAGUUGGGAUGUGAGGAUGGCGAGCCUAGUUGUGGUCGGACAUGACACUCCCAUCCAUGUGUACAUGGAGUGGUACAUACGGAUCACUCGCAUCAUUAUUGGCAACCCCUCUAGGCGUCGUCCAGAUGGCCUGGGAUAUAUAGCUCUCGCAGGAGCGUACGAGGC